AUGGCCAUAUCACAAGAUUCUAAGGUUCCUCCUCCAUUACCACCUCGUCGUAAUAUAGGCACGGGUGAAAAUAUGGAAGUUUUUAAAUUUGGGAAGACGCCUCCUGCUUGGUUAUAUGCUUUGAUACGUCAUAGUCCUGGAGACAAUGAACAUCAACACGAAUUUUAUUUAUCUGAAGCAUUCGACAGCGAUUAUGAAACCGUACUUUUGUGUCAAAAAUGCCACAGUUGGUUUCAUUUAACGACCACCGCAUCAAACAUUUCUGGAGAUAAUGACCGUAUGAACCUAGAACAAGGAAGAUGCGUUUCCAAUCGUGAUACCAACUUACAUCACUUACAUACAACAACUAUGACAAGAACAUGUAUUUCAUCUAAUUGUUGUUUGUGCAAUUUUUCUGUGAAUGUCAAAAUUAGUGAUCCUUUAAUCGAUAUGGGAAUAUUUAAUGAUUUGAGUAAAUUAAGGAGACUUUCUUCCUAUGCGAAUAUUGUAAGAACUACCUCCGAAUCUGAAUUCAAAGCAAGUUUAAACGAUGUCAUUGAUUAUAUGAUAAAAAUAGUCGAUGAUGUACUCAAUGAUGAUAUUCUAUCUCUAACAAGACACUGCGAAGAAUUUCAAGGGAAAGUUGGUUUGGAUGAAGCGAGCCAGGCUUUUUUCCAAAGGCUUGGUUUCCAUUUUGAGAAUAAUUGUCUUAGUCCAACUGAAAAAUUUAACAAACAUAAUAUUAAAUUAGCAAAAGAAGAGCUAAGAAUGAUAUCUUUCGAGUUGAAUUCAUAUUUGAAAAUGAAUGCGAAAAAGCCUUAUGAAAAACUAGGCAAUAUUCUUGGAACGAAAUAUAACAUUUGUUUCAGCGGUUCUUGUACGAAAUUUGACCCUUCGAUUGCAAUUCGUCCAUCACAGGCUAGUUGUUUUUUCUUAGGUUGCAUGCCUGAUAUGGACGACCAAACUUUAAUUUGGGCAUAUAAGUUAGGAAUACAAGAAUUCCCGGAAAAAACUUCAGAAUAUUUACAGGCAAUAUAUGAUAUGUCAAAAGAGAAGAAAAGUGAAGCUCUAGAAGAGUUGGUUGUCACAGAACGAUCUUUAGGCAAAUUUAGUGAAGAUGAACUUAAGGAUUCUUAUAAAUGUUUAAACGUGGAAGAUUUCUCCGUUUCCGAACAAUUUUUAAUCGAUACUUAUAAUAUAUCAGUUCUUGAGCAACCUUCUUCAAGAGCAAAUUAUCGAAAUGCUUUAACUAUAAUUGGAAAGGCUAGAAAAAGUGAAAAAUUAAUAAAUUUUGUAAAUGAGGGACAAAUAAACGAGGUUCAAAUGUUGGAUUAUUUUUCAGAAAUGCCAGUAGGGUUGGACAACAUUGGGAACACUUGUUAUCUUAAUUCUUUGUUACAGUAUUAUUUUACAAUACGACCAUUACGUCAAGCUGUUUUGAAGGAUUCAUCUAGUGCUGAUGGUCAUGAACUGGACUGGCAAUCUAUAACUAUUGGUCAUAGAAAAGUGUCAAGAGCCGAGGUUGAAAGAGCAAAUAAAUUUGUCGCACUUUUGCGGGGUUUAUUUGUAAAUUUAAUACACUCUCAACAAAAAUCUCUCUCUCCAGAUAUAGAUUUGGCAUAUUUGGCUCUUGUCAAUGCCAAAAGUGAGGAAGAAGAAAACAAAGAUUCAUCGAAAUCUCCCAUGGAUUUAUCAAAUACUUUAUAUGAUGAUAAGAUGGCUAUCGAUGAUUCUAGCCCUGGCCCAUCAUAUAAGGAUACAGAUCAUGUUAUGUCAUCUGAGACGAAUGAUCAUAAUUAUACUUCUGAAGAAGAGACUGUUGUAAUGGAAGGCACUGCAGCUUCAAAUGGAGGUGCGAUGUCUCCCAUUAAUAACGAAAGCAUGUACCAACCAAAUGAUGAAUCAAAUACAUCUUAUUCCUUAAAGGGAAAGGAGAAAGAAAGUAAUCAGACGGACUUAUCAUCCGAUUUAUUUAACACUACUAAAGAAGAAAAACUUAGAACAGCUUCAGAAAUGUUGUUUGGAAAACAGCAAGAUGUCACCGAAUGUAUGGAUAAUGUCAUGUUCCAACUCGAAGCUGCAUUGAAAUCAUCAUUUAUGACUGAUGAAAAUGGCGAAAAGCAAAAUAUUGUUGAGUAUGAUCGCACUCAAGCGAUAAGAGAAGUUACUAUUACUAAGGUACCCCCUAUAUUACAAAUUCACGUUCAGCGCGUGCAAUUUGAUCGAACUACAUCCAACAUUUAUAAAUCAAAUGCUUAUCUUCGAUUCGAUAAAGUUAUUUACCUUGAUAGAUACUUGGAAAAGAACUACGAUGUAUUAAAACAAAAACGAAUCGAAGCCCACAAUUGGAAGCAGGAGAUAGACAAAAUGCAAGAAGAACUCAAAGAUUAUGAACAGGAUAAGAAAACCGCGUUAUCUACGGUCGAUUUGCUUAAAUCGACUGCUGAUUUCAUUCAUGCUAUGAAAAACCAAUAUUCUAACUCUCUGAUUGAUGAGAAUUUCAAUUGGGAGUUGGCUGCCAUGGAACGAGAAAGCAAUUUUGUUAAUGAUGCAAUUGGAGGCCAAGCAACUUUUGGUCAUUACUGGAUAUAUAUAUAUGAUUUUGAAAAGGAUCGAUGGUUGAAGUUUAACGAUUCAUAUGUAACGGAGUUAGAAGAACGUGACGUCUUUGCUGAUACUACAGGUUCAUCUGCAAAUCCUUAUUGUAUGGUUUACGUGCGAGCAAAAGAUGCUAAAGAAUUAGUAGAAACAGUAUGUCGAAAAAACAGCUAA